GCUGCGACUUGUGUGUGUUACUUGUGUCAUCGCUUGAUUAAUUGUGAUUGUUAUCCUGAUUCGAAAGGAUCGGCAGUGCGUGUCUUAGGUUUGUCUUGUGGCAAAGUUGCAAGUGCUGGUGAUUAGGAUACACAAGCAAGUGGCAAAAACUUAAUGAAAAAUCGAAGAGGGCUACAGCCAUUGUAGCACUAUCUGUGCGUGUGUAUGUGUGCGCCACUAAACUAAUACAAAAGUAAUCAAAGCUAAGCGCAUUUAGGCAAGAAAAAAAAAGAGGCAACACGGCAGGAAGUCAAUAAAAAUAAACACAUAAAAGCAACUUGCGGUCUAAAGAAUUAUGUCAACGACUAUUGAGGAGGAGGGCACGACAAUGGCGGCGGCAGAGACUCUUAAUACGCCGUCGACAGUGGCCAAUGCGUUUGUUCAGACAGUCCAAUCCAUAAUUAGCAGCAGCACUACAUCAAAAGCAACAACAACAAGUGCCGCAGCUUUAGCCAGCACCACCACCGCCAGCACAGCCGCUCCAGCAACAGGAACAACCACAUUAUCAACGCCAUCAUCGUCCAGCAUGACGGAGAAGCUCAGCGUGAGCGAUUUAAGCAGCGCACUGCAACAUUUUGGAAUUGUUGAUUAUUUGGUUUUCAUAGCCAUGCUGGUGGUCUGUGCCGUAAUUGGCUUCUAUUUCGGCUUCAUCGAGAAGAAGAAGAAGAAAAAGCAAAAGGGCCAAGUAUCCGCCGAUGAAAAAGAUGGCCCCGGCGCUGCUGGCAUCGAGGAACGGCGCGGCUCGGAAGCAUUGGAUUACUUGGUGGGUGGACGCAAAAUGAAAGUGUUUCCGGUCUCGCUGUCACUGGUGGCUAGUUUUGUUUCGGGCAUUUCAUUGCUGGGCACCUCAACGGAGAUCUAUGUUUAUGGUACCCAAUAUGCCUUCAUACUCAUUACACUGGCCAUAUCGGGACUUAUAUCGUGGUAUAUCUUUUUGCCUGUUUUCUGCAAUCUUCAAUUGACUUCCACUUAUGAGUACUUUGAGAGACGUUUCAGCCGACGCAUGCGUAUAUUUGGCGCCUCACUCUUUGUGCUCAAGGCGAUCAUUUGGCUGCCCAUUGCGGUGUACGUGCCCGCGCUAACCUUCAAUCAAGUCAGUGGCAUUGGAGUACAUACCAUAACACCAAUUGUGAUCGUCAUUUGCACCUUCUAUACCACUGUCGGAGGCAUUAAAGGCGUCGUCUGGACGGAUGUGGUGCAAAGUGUUAUUAUGUAUGGCUCACUGGUGAUCAUUAUGAUCAAGGGCACCCUGGAUCUCGGCGGGUUUGGUGUAGUCUGGCAGCGUAAUUUGGAGGGCGGUCGGCUCAAUGUGCCUGACUGGAGCCUGGACCCCACAGUGCGCAUGAGCGUCCUUUCGGUGUUUGUAGGCGGUACUUUUUUCAAGCUGCAGAACACCUCGAUCAAUCAGGCCACCAUACAGCGUUUUAUGAGUUUACCCUCCUUAAAGCAUAUCAAGCAAACCCUUUUCACCUUUAGCAUUGGGUUGAUUCUACUCUAUAUGAGCUGUGUCUAUGUGGGUCUGGUGUGCUAUGCCACGUAUUAUGACUGCGAUCCCAUGACCACGGGACUGGCUGGACGUCGGGAUCAGCUGGUGCCGCUGAUGGUUAUGCGCGUGCUGGGCGUUGUGCCUGGACUGCCGGGUAUGUUCGUCUCCGCCGUAUUCAGCGCUGCUCUAAGCUCGCUCUCAACGCUGCUCAACUCGUUGGCGGCCGUCAUACUGGAGGACUUUGCAAAGCCACAUAUGCGCAAUAAGCCCAUGACGGAGCAAACAGUAGCAGUGACCAUGCGUCUGGUGGUGAUUAUAUUUGGCAUUUGUUCUAUAUUUAUGGUAUAUGUAGUCGAGCAUCUGGGCAUGGUGCUGCAGCUGUCGGCCACACUACAGUCCAGCUUGUACGGUCCCAUGCUAGGCAUCUUUACCGUGGGCAUGUUAAUGCCCUGGGUUGGUGAGAAGAGCAUGUUUUUAAGCAGCGUUCUAUCAUUUGCUGUUAUGGCUUGGAUUACGGUCAAUGCACAAAUUGCCAAUGUGAGCGGCUCAUUUCGUCAUACCAAGCUGCCAGUUUCUGUGGAGCAUUGUGACUACGAGUUCGAUAUGAGUCGCUAUCUAAACUCAACAGCGGAAUAUGAACCACACAGCGGCUCAUCUGUAUACCAUAUGUCUUUCCUAUUGUACACCUUGACUGGCGCUUCCUUAAAUAUUGUUCUUUCAAACUUGGCUACCUUUAUAUUUGGGCGUCAGGAUGUGAAUUCUGUAGACCCGCAGCUCUUAGCUCCGUUUGUUCAACGGCUUAUGCUGAAAAAUAGUCGUUAUCAGACCGUAGAGCUCAGACAGUUCUAAUUCGGUUGAUCUGAAUUAGGUAGAUCCAUGUUUUUAAUACUUAAUGCCUUAUUCAGGAGCUAAUUAUUUUUUAAGUUUAUACUUUUUCUUUUCCAAAUCGUUUUGGCUCAUCUUCCGGGACUUGACUAUAAAAGUCAAUACUUUAAUGUAAAAAUGCCACCCUUUGUUUCUCAUGUUAAUCCACAUAUUAUUUAUUUUACUCUUUAGCAAAAUUUCACUGAAAUUCUUGAGAAACUUAAAUAAUUCAGUAAUAAUGUAAAAUCUUGUACAACAAUAAAUUUGUGUAAUAUGUAUAA